CCGAUUCGACCGGUAUAAAUACCAUCGUCAUCGACUGAACCCUUGUUCAUUUUCUGCAGCUCCGGAAACCCUAGCUACCAGACCGCCACUCUAAUGGGGGCUUACAAGUACGUGUCGGAGCUAUGGAGGAAGAAGCAGUCCGAUGUGAUGAGGUUCUUGCAGAGGGUUAGGUGUUGGGAGUACCGACAGCACCCUUCUAUCGUGCGAGUCACCCAUCCUACGCGCCCUGAUAAGGCCCGCCGUUUGGGUUACAAGGCCAAGCAGGGUUACGUGGUUUAUCGUGUCCGUGUAAGACGGGGUGGUCGUAAGAGACCUGUUCCCAAGGGUAUAGUGUAUGGUAAGCCCACAAAUCAGGGUGUUACUCAACUGAAGUUCCAGCGAAGCAAGAGGUCUGUUGCAGAGGAACGUGCUGGCAGAAAGUUGGGAGGCCUCAGGGUUCUGAACUCCUACUGGAUCAAUGAGGAUUCGACCUACAAAUAUUUUGAGGUAAUUCUGGUUGAUGUUGCCCACAAGACCAUCCGAACGGACCCGAGAAUCAAUUGGCUUUGCAAUGCUGUGCACAAACAUAGGGAGCUUCGUGGCCUUACCUCUGCUGGAAAGAAGUACAGAGGCCUCCGUGGAAAGGGCCACUCGCACCACAAGGCCCGCCCUUCACGCAGGGCAACUUGGAAGAGAAACAACAGCCUGUCUCUGCGCCGAUACCGUUGAUAUGGCCUCAUUGCUUGUCAGAUUAUUUUUGUUUCUGGUUAUUUGUUGCAGUACUUUUGUUUCCUGGAUAUUUCUCAGGGGCGUAGUAUUUGUCGAGCGAGGUGUCAAAUUUUGGAGAUCAAACUGUUUAAGAGCAUGUUCUAUUUGAUAAAAUACUUCUAUUGCCUGUUUUA